AUGUCAACGGUAUCCUCUCCUCGCCCGUCAAUAGCGUCCGCUCGAUCCCCGACACCAGCAUCAUCUCGCCGCCCUUCGGUCGAAAGUGCCAACUUCGCAUCCAGAACAGACCUUCCAAGUAAUGCUCUACGACGUAACAGGGCUGCCUUACGAGAAUAUUAUAACCUGCACCCAGGCAGAACUGAACCCUUAAAUCAAUCAAGGGCAAGGAGUGUUCCACCUACACCAGAUGGCGCACGUCCCAUAAACCAAAUCUCGAACAGUGAGCUUGACAGCCCAAAUUUCGAUUCACAUGACUAUGUGUCUCAUUUACUUGCUACUUCAUCCUUGGCGACUAUAUUACGCGCCGAAAACUCCCUUGUCAGCGACAUCAAGACUCUGGAUGGAGAGCGAAAGGCCUUAGUCUAUGACAAUUACUCGAAGCUUAUAAAGGCUGUUGAAACUAUCGGGAAAAUGAGAUCAAUACUAGAGGAGGAAGGAACUCCUGUUUUAAUGACAAAAACGCUGGCUCCUGCAGUUGGAUUUAUUGCUGAGACAGCAAUGUCACUUAUUCGGGAGCAGCAAGCGCUAAGACCAUCUACCAAUAAACCAGCACAAGCAAACGAGACACGGAAUGAAGCAGCAGUCAGGCCCGAAAAGGCAACCGUAUUAUGGGCGCUGGAUUCCCCAAGACGGUUGAAGCGAUUGUUGGACUCGGGGAAAAGAGGUGACGCUGAGCAAGAUUGGAGUGAGAUACAGUCCUUGCUUUCAAAAUGGGAUGAAGUUAGAGGGGUUCAAGAACUUCGAGCUGAGUGUGAACUACUCAUGGUUAAGAAGGAACUGCCAGAAGCGUGA